AGCAUAGGCGAUUUCGCGAUGAAUUCAUCAUGGACGAUAAAGUAUUUCACGUUCAUCUCGAGAAACGACCCAGCAUCGGCUUUGGAUUCUCAAUCAUCGGCGGUUUUCCAUCUAGAUUAUUACCGUGGCAUAUAAUUUGUGAUAUUUUAUCCGGUUCUGCAGCCUUUGAUUCCGAGGUAAUUCGAUUUUUUUCAGUGUGUUAUACGAAUCGUUGUUGUUUAGUGAUUAUAUAGUUUGCUUUUAAAGAACAAUGCUUGAUAAUAACUUACAUUUUAAAACGAUUUGAUGGUAUUACGAUUAUUAUAUGAUCAUCAAUGAAAAUUCGACUGUAAUUAUCAUAAGUGAUUAUCUCGAUCUUCGCCUACUUUUUAAAUGAUUCUGCUUCCAAUCAAAUCGCAUAAAACCGGCUUAAGCUCUAGUCUUUUGACUAAAGUGGAAUGCUAUAAUCCUCCAGCUUCAAGUUGGUGACGUGAUAGAAGCCGUGAACGAUGAGUGUAUCAAAGGAUUAACAACUCUUGACGGUACGACAGGUUACGCCUAAUGUAUAUGUAUCUUUAUAGUAUAUACAUAGUAUAUUCCACAUAUAUACCAUAUUUAACAACAUAAAGGUAUUACCGUAUAUACAAUAUCUAUAUACACAUGUAUCUAUAAUAUAUAUAUAUAUAUAUAUACAGUAUAUAGAUAUAUUCAUAUUGUAUAUACUUCAAACAUAUAUAUAUAUAUAUACUGUAUAUACUAUCUGUCAAUCUCUCUUUAAUAUACAAGGUAUAAUAUAAAGACGAUUACUAUUUAACAAAAAAAAAUUAAAAACUUCAUAUUAUCACUGCUUUAUACUAUAUAUACAAGCUUCAGCUUUUAGUAUAAUUGAUAUAUCAUUAUAAUUAAAUACUUAUAAAUAUUACUUCUAUCAUACUUUAUUGGUUCAAGGGCAACUGGCUUAAUUUCUGCGAUAAAGCCAAUUUUUUUGCUGUUAAAAUAUAAAAAAGAAAAGAAAUGAUCUCUUAUUGUUUAGAAAAGCAUGUGCAUCAUCCUAAUUUUACUGUAAAGUUAAUUAAGGAAACCGGUAACCAGAUUAAUCUUAGAAUAAGGAGAGAGAGGAAGAUUCUGCAAAUUGCUGCCCCAUAUCUCACUUGUGAUCCUGAUUCAGCCAAGUUGCAGGAAGUUGUCACACCUAUAAAUAAAUCUCAUCAAUUACUGGUCAAGCACUCCCCCCAUCCAAUCUAUGAAAUGGAUGUACUGAAUAGCGUUGCGGAAACGUCUACAACGUCUCCAAGUAAACGUUAUGACGUAUUCUUAAUGACCGGCGAUAAGAUUAUACGUACUACGCCUUCAAAAGAUGUUGAAAAGUCCCCUCCGCCUCCCAAGCCAAAACGAGAAACAAAUGGUAAAAAAUCAAGAAUACCUCGACGAGCGCCUCUGGCUGAAGCCGAGGAAAUGCCAGCUGUUUUGCCAGAAGAUAGUUCUGACAUACUGCUUGAAACUAACCGUUCUACCGCAUCACUUAAAGAUUCUGGUCUAGAGAUGGAUUGUUCAACGGAUGCCAUAUCUCAUUCGUCUAGCCGCAUCCCAUUAUCAAAUUCAUCGGUGCGUUCGAGUAAGAGUCACGAAAACUAUUUACAAGGCAUUACGACUGCUGUGGUUGAUAUUGAUUUGGAUGGUAUGGCAACUUCUGUGGAUGUAUUGCACAACGAGAGAAUCAAAUCGUUGGAAAAUUGUUCUUCUCCGACGAAAGUUCCGGAAUAUUCAACUUCUCUUCAAAACUCUCCCGAUCAUCCUAUUUCGCCAACAAUCAACUCUCGUAAAGUCCAUAUGCCCACCUUUAUAGCCGGGGAAGAACCACGCGCUGUAGCCAAAUCGAAAACAAAAGAUCCUAAGGAAUUUCCUCAAGCAGUUCAGGAAGCUAUUGUGGAAGAAGACGUACACGCAAUGUUCGAUAAAUUACGUCGAGAAAUUGACCUGCAACUCUCCGAUACCGAAAGCUAUUCGAAACCUCAGAAAAUUGAGGUGGACCAAUUUAAAAUUACGUCAAGCGAACCUCAUUCAAAUCCCCCAAGUCCAGCAGAAAGAGCCGAAUCAUUGGCCUCUAGCGAUGGUUCAGAUGCUGAGAGUCUCUAUCAUCAACCAAUUAAAGAGGUUGAUAGGCCUUCAGCAGCCAGGUUAGCAAAAAGAUUGUACAGCUUAGACGGUUUUAAGAAAAGCGACAUUUCACGACAUUUAAGCAAAAAAAAUGAAUUCUCUCAGCUGGUUGGGGAUGAAUUUUUAAAAUAUUUUAGUUUUGAAGGAUAUAGUCUGGAUAAGGCACUCCGAGAAUUUUUAUCACAUAUUGUUUUAACGGGCGAGACAUGCGAGAGGGAACGUGUAUUAGUUCAUUUCGCUCAAAGAUUUGUACUAUUAAAUCCAGGAUGUUUCAAUUCGGAUGAUUCUUGCCACACUCUGACUUGUGCGAUUUUGCUUUUAAAUGGUGAUUUAAAUAAUACGGCAAUCGAGCCAGAACGAAAGAUGACCUGCAAGCAAUUUAUUGAAAAUUUGCAAUGCUUAAACGAUGGAGAAAACUUUCCUAAGGAAAUAUUAAUGCAAAUCUAUCAAAGUAUAAAAAACGAGCCUUUAGUUUGCCAAGUCGAACAAGACGAUCUACCGCAAUUAAACGAUAAUAGGUCUAUUCCAGAGCCUCCGCAGGAAUCUCAAGGAAAUCUUGAAGGACAGAAAAAAGGUUACAUGAUGAGGAAAUGCUGUUGGUAUUCUAACGGCAAAAAAACACCACUGGGAAAACGUAAGUGGAAAAUGUUUUACGUCAUGUUAGAAGGUAUGGCUCUUUGUUUGCAUAAGAACGAAAAUGGUUUCAAGAAGCAAGGAGUUACUGAUAAUCCAGAUAAUUUGAUUAGAAUUUAUCACGCUUUCGCUGAGCCAGCCUUAGACUAUAAAAAAAAACAGCACGUGUUCACUUUAUACACAGCGGAUGGAUCAAAAUAUAUGUUCCAAUGCAGUAAUACAAAAGAUACUGAAGAGUGGAUUUUGUCUAUAAAUAGAACAUCAGCUUUUCUGUCAGCACCUCCUCUUCCUGCACCUUGCAGUUCACAGAAAAAAUUUCAGCGUUAUGUCAUGCCGUCCAGCUAUACAAAAUUGAGCGCGCAACAACAAUUCUUAAGUCAUCAAGAGCAUUUAAAAAAAUUAAAGCAAGAUCUUAUUGAGCAUUCUCGCACAGCUCCCGAAAAGGGAGCUAAAAGUCGCCUUAUUGAGGAACACAAAUCUAUUGAAUCUUACUUACAAAUGGAAGAAAAAAGAUUUGACACUUACUUUUGCCUUUUACAAGAACAUUUAAAUACUAAUAUCGCUGGAUCUCUAGCCGAAACUGUUAUAGGAGAAGUCGAUGAGCCGCCUUCUUCGCCGACUGAUAAAUUUCGUCAGACGAAUAUGUUUGAAAGGUCGUUAUACAAUAAAGGUUCACCGGAAACAGGUCGCCUACUGAGAAGAUAUCCCGGAGGGUGUCCUGAAGAUCAUGGUACUGCUGUGUAG